AUGACAGGUAGUGGCAUGAAAUAUCCUCCCACAAAUUCCAGCCCUGAGCGUAUGGAGCAGUACAAGUUCACUCUGGUGUUGCGCACGUCACUGCACUCGGCCUCCGGGGCAAGCCCCACGCGCGCCAAGGCCGCCGUGCCGACCUCGAACGUCGAAGCUUCAAACAGAGGCCUCUUCAUUCAACACCUCAUCACCUCCCGCCCACUUUCACAGCCCACGCUUUUCCGUGACAUCACAGCAACACAAAAGCAGACAAAGCAGACAAAGAGGAGGAGACGACAGAGAAUAUACAACAUGUCCGGAUACCACCCGGAUCAGAGCGCCACGCCGCCCGCGCCGCCGCCGAAACCAGGCAGCCACGAGGCGAGUCGCAUGACCACGCCCGGCACGAGCAGCAGCUCCGUGCCUCCGCCGCCGCCGCCGCAGCACCCAGGAUACAGCAGCUACAGCACCUACGAGCCGUCGCAGCUGCAGCAGGUGCAGACAAUGGACGCAGAGGGCCAGGUGGGCGGCAGCGCCGCGCAACAGCAGCUAGAGGUGCCGCAGCCGAUGCCCGACCCGGGCGAGGGCUGGCUGCCCGAGACACUGCAAGACAAACCAAUCCAAGACCUGGCCGCCAUCCUCGCCAGCCCGUCGCUGCUGCAGUCGCUCACGCACGCGCCCGCCGCCGCGCACCCCUCGCUGGCGGCCUCGCACGCGGCGCUCUCGGCGGCGCUCGCGUCCAACGCGGAGCUGGCGGCGCAGCUGUCGGCGCAGGGCACCCGGCUCGCGGGCGCGCGGUCCGCCACGCAGGCGCAGCUGCUCUCGACGCACGCGCUGGAGCGGCAGUGGCGCCAGCGGCAGUCGGACAUGGACCACGCGCUGGCGCCCUUCUCGCCCGCCGCGCUGUACCAGGCCCUCGCGCACGGCGUGCAGGAGCAGGCCCAGGUGUGCCAGGCCAUGGAGGACAGCUUCCUGGACGGCGGGAGGGAGGCGGGCGGCAGCGGUGGAGGAGGAGGGGAGCUGCUGACGGAGAGAGAGGUGGCCGAGUGGGUCAAGGGGUAUCGAGAGGCGAAGGUGCUGUACUAUCAAAGACAGGAGAGAAAGGAACGGUGGGACGAGGGACGCGUUGGAGGUUGGAGAUGA